AUGGCACCUCCUUUAAGACCGAGUGACUUCGAUGCUCGAUUCCUCCGUCGCCUGGUAGGGACUAAGGUCACUACCAUUUACGCCAUCGACCCUCCACAAGAGCCAUCGGCCGUUUCUCCCUCCGCAGGUCUCCCCCCUCCGGCCUCGUUUACUCCGGCCUCGCAUACUACGGCCUCACACGCUACUGCCCGUCCUACUACGGCAUCAUCCGCUACAGCACCUAGCCUUUCCUUCCCUGGCUCUCCGCCCCCGGGGAUCUGCCGCUCGUGGAUCAUCGCGGAAAAGCUCUCUGAGAGAGCAGUCUACCUCACAAAGGAAGAAUUCGAAAUGGGCGUUGGGACUCCUAUGACAGUUGGUAAAUUCCUGUGCCACCUAGAGGAGGGUCCGGCGCAUAUAGCGUUCAUGCGAAUCUAUUAUCAGAUUCCUAUCACUGGGACUGAGGACGCUGAUCUGGCUACACUAGUCCAGCAAAUCCGUCCUCCUGAGGUGUGUGGUGAACGAGAAGCGUUUAGGCUAUUGAUGAGUCAAAAAUGUAGCGCUGUUCCACGUUUCCUUGGUUACGACGAAAGUACGCAAGGGGAACAUGAUCUUGUUCCUGGUGGCUAUAUCAAGUAUCUUGUAUGGGAGAAGGUCCCUGGGGAGUCCCUUACAGAGGAAUUCUUCUGGAGCUUAGAUCUCCCUACACGUGAUGAUAUCCGUGCUAAGUUUCGUGUUGCCUUUGAAGAGAUACUACGUUGCGGUGUAGUACCACAGAUAUCAAGGAUCUCCAAAAUCAUCUAUGAUCAGUCUACGGGCAAUGUUCGCAUCUCGGGGUUUCGAGGGGGAUGGCCAAUCCAUGAUAAACUUCAAUGGUCAGAUACCCGGUAUGUUGCGUACAGACUGGCUAAGCAACCAGAAGAGGAGUGGGACUGGCGUCGUCACCCGGAGAACUGGGAGUUAUGA